AUGUCAGGACUAGAAAUCUCAGAGCAGUCAGCUUUGGAGGUUGCGAAUGCAUGUCGAGGAAUUGUUGAAGAAGUACUGAAAUGGAUGUUCCAUGUGAGUGUUGACAGAGGGUGGUUUGUGUUUGUUCAAGUAGUUGCUGGAUUGUUAUUGCUCUCCUAUGUAGGAACCGUCUUCUCUCUGCUUACACUUCUUUACAUAGGUGUCAUGAUGGGCAUGACAGUUCCAGUGAGUUAUAAAAAGUACGAGGAUAAAAUAAAAAGCGGUGGGGAGUGCCUGAAAGUGAAGUCCAGGAGAUUUUAUGACAUGAUUGACGACAAGGUAAUCAAGAAUAUGAAGAACAAGAUUGUCAAAGAAGAGAAGGAGAAGAAGAUUAAGUAA